CCUUAAAACUGCUCUCGCUUAUUCGUCGCUGCUUGGCUUCCUUGCUUGCCACCUCUUCUUUCUUUUUUUUUUUCCCUUCACCCCUUUCAUCGGUUACGUGAAUUCUGCACUCAAAUAUGCCGAGUUCGUUCAAUGGAAUUCUAGGGUUUCAAUGAUCAGCAUUGUCAUUUUUCUCCUCAUUUAUCCCCUCUUUUGCAUUUUCAAACUGAAUUUCCGAAUUUGCUCUAUAUUUCGCUCAAUUCUUAUCGUUUACCCACCGAAUCUGCUCUUUAGAAAUUCUAACUGAUCGCCGAACGUGAACUCUGAUUCACAAAGCUCGAUGGUAUGUCCUCUUGGAAGUGGGAGAAUGAAAGCCUUGGCAAGGCUUCUUAUAGCUGGAAAUAUCCAACAAGCAGCUUCAGACGAAGCAGGCCGCCUUAAAUUUGCUGCUCAGUACAUUCAAAGAGAAUUGAGAGAGGCAGAUGAAGCAAAUUUGAUUGAUGAAGAAGAUAUGCACGUGUUUGGUUUGAGGCCACUUACUGAUCCGUUGCAUUUGGUAUGCUGCAAUGCUUGUAAGAAGCCAAUAAAGGCCAGCCAAUACGUUGCCCACGCAGAGCUUUGUAAGUCAUUAUACUCCGCAGAAGAUAUUGUUUUGGAGGUCAAUGGUGGUGCAGCACACAAGAAACGUCCAAGGAAAGAGAGAAAAAAGUCACUAACUGCAUCUUCUAACCAACCUAGAUCAGUCAGAAAGAAAGCCAAACUUGAAUUGUUAGAAAGUGAUUUUGCUGCAUUGCCAUGCUGUUCAGAGGAGCAUCUUUCAACUGUUUCCUUUCCUGAAGAUAAAAGAAUUUCAUCACACUUAAAUGCGGCCACCAUGAGAAGUUGUUCCAUGGUUAGUCCUGGACUUGUAGAUUGCUCAGAAGGUGCAAUCUCACACCAGGAAAAACAUUCCAAGAUUUUUGGUGCAGCAAAUACUGUUACUAAGAGUUGGUCGGCAAAUUCGGGAGAGGGUAUUCCCUUUUCAGGUGAAGAGCAUCAAGAAAGGUCAAGUGCAGGCAGUGACAAUACUGGUAGUCCUGCUAUCGCAGUUAAAAUUCUCACUCAAGUCCAAAAAUUUCGUUCGAGGGCUGAAGAUGUUCCACAUCCACUUGCAACUAAGAUGUAUUAUUCUCAAAGACAACAUCGUCUCAAAUCAGCUCUCAGCUAUCUGUAUCAUGAGGGAUCAUGUAAUGACAGUGGCAGCGAGUUUGCCUGUCCAAAAGUCUUAAAAAGUAAUGUUAUGCCAGCUGACAUAUUGUAUCAUAGCAACAACUCCCAUAUACAAAUUGAUUACCAGCAGGAGAAGGCACAUGAUCAUUCCUUUCCACUGGUCCAAAAGCCGAAUGUACUUCAAAUGGUUGAUUCUGGAGGAUGUCCGCCACCUAUGAACAUCACAUCCCAGUUUCCUGUGAGUAAUGUCCUAACAAUCACCUCCAUUGGCGUGACGAACAGCGACUAUAAUUCGAAUUCUACUUCAUUUGCAGGCCACCCAGGCAAGCAGCUACAACCUAUGCAGCAGGCUGAGGGAAAUUGCGCAGUUGUACAAAAUUACUAAGGGAACUUUGUAAGGUAGGAUACAUCCACUGACUGACUCUGCUGAAUGGUAGGACUAUUCCAUCCUAGGCUUCUCCACUAGAUUCUAGAGUUGACUCCCUUAUGGAAGACGGUACAGUCGUUCUUCCUUUGAUUUAGACUUUGGUACAUGAAGUUUCCUUUUUUCUCUGACUCACAAAGCUAACUGCCAAUUGUACAUAAUCUUCCAUAUACAACAUGCUUGAGAAUGCAGACCCUAGUGACUUUCAGAUAUCCUUUUGGAUAAUCAUUUUGUACAAAGAACGCCAAUCACUAAAAUAUUCACUUUUGUUAAUGUCCAUAGUCUUGGAAAAUCCUGGGAAGUAUAAUGAUAUCUCUUACAAUUGCCUUGAUAUUUCAUUAUUGUUUUGGAAAAAGGAAAUACUAACUCACUGAUAGGGACUUUUUGGCUGACGCUAUUGACAAGUUUGGUCUUUAUUGUCCUAAGUAAUCAAUAAGUGGCAGCCUAUGAGUGCACCAAUUUGGAAUCCAGCUGCUAGGGAUACUCAUAUUUGUAUUGCUAUUAUCGGAUGUUUGGUGGUAAGUGGCUUUGUGCUGCUAGUCAAAAACAAGAACAAAAAUACUAGUGGAAGAUUGCAUAAUUUGCUCUGUUUAUAAUGCAAUUAGGAGUUUCAAAUACUAGUUGUUAAAGAUAUAGAUGGGUUCAUGCCCCCGAAGGUCCAUUUCCAGGAAUUGCGUCUGUAGCCGUGGUGAAAAAGACGUGAAACAGAAAAACUAGA